AAUCUUUUUUUUUUUUCUGUAGUUUGAAUGGGCGUCGAUACAACGAAAGGCCGAGGCUUGACCGAAGCCACCGCAGAGGCCGAGCGGCUGAACCGCGCACUCGCGGCUGCAGACCAUGCCAUCGUCUCGCUGAUUCAGCGCGCCGAAGCCGCCAAAGACCGCCUGUCUGCGCCCAACCGCAGGCAAAUCCGAGCGGCUCGGUCGGAACUCAAUACGGCCGUGGGCCGCAAGUCGAUUGACGAGGUGGUGGACACGGUGGAAAAGUCGCUCGCCGGCACGACCCCUUCGCUCCAGCUCGCAGAACGGGAAAGGGAUCAAUGGCUCAUCCACUUGCAGACGGAAAACCACGAGCUGCGCGAAGCGUUCGACGAGUUCCAAUGUAGCCUGGACCUCAUCAUGACGAAAAACCGCGAGAAUCUGACCACUUUGCGCAGCACGCUCAAGCUCGAGCAGGAGGGCGUCCAACGCCGACUCGACCGCGAAACCCAGGAAAACGAGCAGCUGCGCAACGAGAACGUUCGGCUGCGGCUCAAGCUGGAGGAGAUGCGCAAGAUUAUCUCUCUCGCCAUCGAGAGCGAGGAGCAGGAGAGCAUGGAGACGCAGGCAAGAAUUGUCGAGCUCGAAACGGAAAACGACGGUCUGCGCGAACUCCUCAGCGUGGCUGUUCAAAGCGGGUCUGUUCCCGCUUCCGCUGUAGCACAGCCAUUAGAGUCGUGAUUGUCACCCGCGUCUACUUGAGUAGAUGAUGUGAGCGAGGUGGCGAUAACUCCUGUGCACAUUCGUUUUUUUUUUGUUUAUCAAUUUUGGGUGUUGUAGCUGCGUUUGUUAGUUGUUCGCGCUUUUUUUUUUGUUUUUGUUUUGGCGAACUCGACUUGUUUUCGUUUCAGGGUUUUGUUUUUUGUUUCUUGCGGCUUGCUGUCGUUUGACAAAUGAAAACACAUGUUAAUUUCG